UGGUCUCUGCUGCAGCAGUAGAAGAAGAGACAUUUUUAUUUGUCAAUCCAAGUCGUUGAAGCCAGCGGCGGCCUGUGAGACAAACAUCUGCAGCUACGGCUUCGAGGAACAGGCGAGUAAGAUAAUAUACUGAGUAACAAACAUGUGGGACGGACCAGGGCCAGGACCGGGACCAGGACCGAGACAAGGACCGCGAGGAGGACCGCCCUUCCGUAUUGAUCCCCCACUCUGUCCUCGUAAACAACGGACUGAUCAUGUACACCGCCACUGGCACCGGCGCAGGCAGCCACCAGUUCCUCUUAAGACCCUGGGGACUGAGCCAGAGAGCAGUGCCUUAAGUGGUGAUCAUCAUGGAGAAAUGUUUGCCGGUAGAGACCGUUCCAUGCCUGAUUUCCGUGGUAGAGAUGGCAUGAACAGGGGUCCCAUGGGUAACAUGGGCCCGAGACAUCUAGAUCCACCGCCUAUGGACAUGAGGAGGAUGGAUGGACCACCAAUGAGGGGGUGUGAUAUGGAUCCUCAUGAUAUGGAUCCCCGUGAUAUGGAUCCUCGUGAUAUGCGAGGUAGAGAGCCACAAAGAGAUUUCUUUAGACAUGGAGAAGAGCCAGACUUCAGUCAUAGAAGGCACUAUGAUACUCCUAUCAGAGACGCGCUGGGCAAUUCUUCUGGAUUCCCUGGACCAGGCAGGGACUCUGCAGACAUGGGAGGGAGGGGAAUGCCACCACGGGAACCAAACAACAGGUUUACGGACAUGAGAGACAGGGAGUCAUUUCAGCAUGACAUGCCACAGUUUAAUGACCCCAAUAUGGAUGGCAGAAGAGGGUUUCCAAUGGAGCGAAUGGAGAGAAAUGAUGGUUUUAGGGACAUGCGUGACAGACCGCCGAUGGGAAGAGGUGACGGUGAUCGCUAUGACAUGGACUUACCUCCAUGUGAUAGGAGAAUGAUUGACUCUGACAGAAGAGGAGGGCCACCUUUCAAUCCAAGAGGUGGAUUUGAUUCUGAUAUGGAUUUCAGAAAUCGUCAUGGGCCAUUAGCUGAGUUUAGAGGUAGGGAUCGUUCGCCUAUAAGAUACGGAAAUAAUGAUGCCCCUCCGGGAGGCAGGGGAAGACCAGAUAUGCCCUCAGAUGUUGCUGGUCCUCAAAGACCAGAGUUCAUGGGUGCCGGAGACACACCUGGAGAGAGAGAAUAUGCAGAAUUGAGGGACAGUCCCCUUAUGGAUUAUCGAAGUGGCGAAGAAAUGACUCUUGCAGAGGAAUGGAAGAACCGUAGGAAGGACAAAAACCCUUUCUUGAACGUGAGUAGAGGAAUGGGUGAUCUACCCGAGCCCAGCUUCCUUGUUGGAUUUGGAAGAGACGCCAAUGUGCCACCGCCAUUUCAGGAAAGGGAAAGACCCACUGUUGACUUCCAAGGUAAAGAUAUUGGCUUCCCUCAUGGAGACCACUUUCCUCCUAUGGAUCUACCAUCAGUUGGUAUUAAACCUCCACAGGACCAUCCACUUCAAGAUAGAAGCCCCCUUACUGGCCCUCUCCGAAGAGAACAUGAGAGAAAACAUUGGCUUGGAGAAAGGGACCGAGAACAUGGUCAGAAUAAAUCAAGUCGUGAUGAAAGGCCCCCUUACCAUGAAGAGAAGAACAAGCUCUCACAUGAUAUUCACAUGCCAAGUGAUUGUUUUAAAGGGCUAAAAGACAUCCCACUCAGUCAAGAACCUGCCAGGGGAAAAAUGGGGCCAGAAUGUAAUGUCCAAAGCAGCAGUGCUGUACAGACAAGAGACCAAGACUACAGGGAUAUAGAUUACAGAACCGGGUCCGGAAGGGCCUUUGAUUAUAACCAUGAAGAGCUUCAAACAACAGAAAAACUCCUCAGAGAAUCAGAACCCAUCACGCUUUCAAAAGUCAGUGAAUCUGGUUCCAAGGAUCAAGAUUACAGGAGUGCAUCAUUGGAGGACAAAGUUUCCAAUACAAUUUCCAUAAUUGGUAUCCCAAAGACUGCCACGAUGGAACAGAUUCUUGGUGCCUUUGCAGUCCGUGAUGGUGUGCCGAUGCAGGGGAUGAAGAUCAAAAAUGUGGUGCCAGGUUACAGCUACGAUACGGCCUUUGUGGAGUUUUUAAACCUCGAGGAUGCAGUCCACUUCAUGGAGUCCAACAAGGGGUCCCUAAAGGUUGGCACUAGAACAUCAUCCAUGAAGUAUGUCCAUCCAGAUGAGCAUGAGAGAGGUGUUCAUGAGUCUGAUCACAAAGUACCCAAACAUCCGGAGCCCCCGUUGCCCAGACAAGAUGAACCUUUGGAAGACAUCAGCUUGAAUCAGUCUAAACCCAAAGACCCUGCGGAGCCUUUGACCAACAGUCAGUGGCAGCGUAGCUCUGAUCUGACUCCAGAGGCCUGGCAGCAGCAGGUGGAUCAACAGCUCCAACAGCAGGAAACUGAGCAGCAGGCAGAGUCUUGGAGCAACCGCAACCCUUCUUCUCAAACUUUACUCAAAGCUAAAUCUGUCUUUAAAGACAGCAAAACGAUGAUCAUAAAAAAUGUGAAACCCACAACCACAGUAGAGGCCAUCCUGAAAGCCUUGGAUCCCUUUGCAUACCUUGAUGAAAGAAAUGUCCGACUAGUUAAAGCCAAACAGCCAGGAGCCAGGUGCUUCUGCUUUGUCGACAUGGACUCUCAUGAGCAAGUGAAACGUCUGGUCGAGCUCCUCACCAAACCCAGACCCCUCUACGUUGAUGGAGUCAGAGUUUUUGCUGAGGUCGCAAGACCCCUGAAGAACCAAAAAAAAGACUUUGACAAACAAAACAGUUCCAUCCUUGGUUGUCCACCUGACAUCAGCCUGAUGGGGCAGCCGCAGUACCCACCACCUCCACAGUUCUUGCUGCCCCCUACUGGUGUCCCUGCUGGGAUUCAAGGUGAUUUGAUGGAUGGCAGCGCUAUUCCUGAUCUUCCAUCAAACCCCAGUAUGGGACAGGGCCAUGCCUACAGUGAGACUCCAGUUGUGGCUCCACCAUACCAUUCUGGUGUUCCCCCUGUCCCCCCAGAAUCCGCUGGGAUGAUGGUGCCUGCAGAUGGAUCGCAGACAUAUGUUUAUGGCUCUGAGACUCCAGACAUGACCAACUACUUGUAUGAUUCUACGUCUGGCUUCUACUACGACCCGGAGACGACGCUGUACUACGACCCUGGCUCUAGGUACUUCUACAAUGCUCAAAACCAAGAGUACUUGUACUGGGAUGGCAUGACAAAGACUUACAUCCCAGUUCCAGGAGGGACUUCUACUACAGAGUCUCAACCUCAACCUCAACCUCAACCUCCAAACAUGACAGCAGGGGACCAGGCCAUUCUCUCCAACCCAGCAGCAGACGCUCCUCUGGAAAUGAAGAAAGCAAUGGCUCCUCCACUCACAGUACCAGUUUCAAUAUCACUUCCUCUGCCACUUCCUGUGGCUGCUGCUCCUACUACUGCUGCUGCUGCUGCUGUCCCUGUCCCACUGGAGCCUGUCCCCACUAUGACAGCAGCUCCAGAGAAGAGAGAGGAGGACGAAUCUCCCAAAAAGGACAACAAAGAUGAGAAGCCGAGAAGUCUGGCUGCUGUCAAGAUAAUGAAAGAUAUGGAGCGCUGGGCAAAGAUCCAGAAUCGUCAAAAGGACAGCGUGCGAUCAGCAUCACCGUUGCUGAAAGGGGGGCUGGAUGAUGACAGGAGGCAAUCCAAGUCUGCUGAUGCUGGGUUUGCUAUCUUUGAGAGAAAGAUCGGAGGUGGAGAGGAUCUUUUCAAGAAGCCACUUGCUCCACCUAAGAAAGAUGAAAAGUCAAAGCGUCCAAUGGGCUCUCUUGGUAUGCUGGCGUCCGACUAUGCAGCUGGAAGUGAUGAAGAGGUGGAAGAAGAUAAAGAGGAGGCAGGUAGGAGCAGCCAAGGAGGCCAGCCUGAGGACAAGGACAGCAAGUUGACAGACUGGAAGAAGAUGGCCUGUCUACUAUGCAGGAGACAGUUCCCCAACAAGGAUGCUCUGAUCCGGCACCAGCAACUCUCAGACCUGCACAAGCAAAAUAUGGAGAUCCACCUUAAGAUCAAGAGAUCAAAGAAGGAACUGGAGGCGUUGGAGAACCAGGAAAAGGAACUUAAUGCCAAGGAAAGCACCAGGUCACCAGAACAGAAAAGGAAAAAGCACCAUCACCAACAGCAGCAGCAUCAUCAUAACACCUGGGCUGGAGGCUCCAGGGAGAAAGUCAGUGAAAGACCCGGUUUGGGAGCUGAACCUGCCCCUAGAAAAAAGAAAGAGCCUGUCGUUUGGGACCACGCCACCUACAAACAAGCAGUACGGAAGGCCAUGUUUGCACGCUUCAAGGAACUGGAGUGAUCACAUCUGAACAAAUCUUAACAUGUGAACUGUUAAUAUGACACGCUCUCCCCCCUUUCGGCAUGACAAAAUCCUUUGGACUGACUUCACUGUGUCUCUGACUGGAAUGUUGUGACGCUACAGAGCCCCAGAUUUCUACAUUGAAAGAUGUGGUCCAAAACAUGAACAUCACAAGGCAACACACAGGGCAUAAAGUCCAAGAACAAGAAUUAAUUUACAGUUUUAAUAAUAGAUGCUGUACAAAGAGUGUUAAUUCAUGCUGUUUGUGUACUUUUCACCCAUGAUCUUUGUAAAGUUUUCAAAUGUGUCCAGCUUUUUUUUUAUUAUACAGUCACACUGGCCACAGUCACAUUUUAUUGUAAAACAGAACAUUUUUUACAUUUUUGUUUUCAUGGGUGGAUUGCUACUUAGUGUAAACCUUUUUUCAGUAAAUGAUUAACAAAA